AUCCUGAGUGCUGCACACAAAAAAAAACACCACAGCUCUUCUCGCAGGGACAAGAUUUCAGCCCAAAGUUUUUUCUUUACAGAUCUUUGGUACAAUGAAAAAUUAAGAACAUGGCGAGUAGAAUAAUGGCAGUAAAAGGCCUGAAUGUAGCCGCAUCAUUUCGAGGGCGAUUAUAUGUCAAUGUGAUCGUGGUUCCAUCGACAAACGCCGAUCAAUUCGAGAAGUUUUGUAAGUUAAACAAAUCUUGUUGUCCUCUGCUUCAGCGCAGUGCACCUGGAGAUACCACAACGAAGCCUCUAGUACGUGAUUCAGACAUCAGGUAUGGACAAAUGCUUUUCUAAAGCGAAAGUAAUCAUUCUCAACCAGGCUUCUGGAAGCUGUGCACCGGGAAAUCCGAAGAAGCGAAUGUAGAGAGGAAAAUUGGCAGAAAUUAAUUUCCAGGUCCCUGAAUCCAGAUAUACACCUAGUGAGGAUGAGAUGAACUAAUUAUCCCAAAUUAUGAUUUAUGAAUGACCACAGUAACUGUACGUGUUACUGGCCUUUCCGUUCGUUUGAUGCUAUGCUUUCGCCCCAUGCCCUCGCGCGGCUGGCUCCUUGGGUUGGAAAAAGGGGGGGUAGGGUUGGCAGAUUAGGAAUAUUCUGAGAAAAUCGAAGAUGCCAAAUACAGAACACUUUGUUCGAAAAUCUGGAAUCUAGAGUGAUUUCUUUGCUCCUCUCAUUGUUGUACCUCGCGCUGAUUCGAUUUGAAAAUUAUUUCAUUUCAGAACAUUGCUACCUUUCUACCAUGUCCUGAAAAACGGCCAUGAAGUCGAACGUGUUACCAAUCUGACGCAAUUUCCUUGGAACGACAUGGUGGCAUUUUACAUCGCCUCGAUAAGCCAUCACAUUGAGGAAGAACUCAUUGCAACUGGAAUUCUUGAUGCAAGCGAAGAAAAUGUGAAAACCGUCCCUCAUUAUAAAACUAACAUCAUGUGUAAAGAGGCUGGAGCAUUCGGCAGUCCACUGGUGGUUUGCAUGUUUCCGAUUCCUAAACGACUUUUGGAAAGGACUGUAGCAGUUACCUCACGUUUGGAGACUCUAAUUGGAACAGUGGUACAUAUAGGUGAUCCUUCCGUGAUUGGGAUAAAGGAUAUUACCAAACCAUACCUCGGCAAUGCAUUUGACGUGGAUAUGGACGCCGUUGUUCCAGUAUUCUGGCCUUCCAGCUUAACGGCUCAUGCGGCUGUCAAACGCGCUGGUAAGUAUUUUGAGCUGUUUAGUAAAUCUACCUAAUUUAAUCCACCGGAUAGACGCUCGAGAUGUGAAAAGUUGCGAUCUCGUCUGUUCAAUGAAAGUUUUAGCUCAACCUUGAUGGCGUACCGAUGACGUAAAUAAAAAAAAAGAGAUAAACAAAUGAAUGAAUAUAAAGAUAAAUAGCCACAUCAAUAUAUAAAAUUAGUGAUAACAGUGGUACAUCCACGAUAUACAACGACAUACAUGGGGACUCAGAAUUUUUUCUUUGUCCCACGCUCAUGAUAAGACGAAAAAAACAUCUUUCGCCAUCUAGUUCAUUACUUUGAAUAUGUUUCAAAAGUUUCAAAGCAUACAUCCGCUGGUUCAUAGAAUUAUUUUUUUUGUCGAGGGAGGAGAAUCGGAGAAUACGAUUAAAAAAAAACCCCUCAUUACAGGGACGUGAAUCAACAGGAAACUACACAUUUGCGAACAUAAAGCGCCCAGGGACGAGCUAACCCUCGCACAUGACACAUGACACCAGGUUUGAGAAUCGAUCCUGGGUUACAGCGGUGGAAGACCAGCGCUCUCACCUCUGCUCGAUUCCCUCUCCCCCAAAAUGCCGAUACAGGUGUAAGUUUAAUAAGGAAAUAAUUUUUUGGUAAGUUGAUUUGCUUGUGGUUAUUGUUACAGUUCAAAGUGGGGUUGUACACAGACUUGGUGACCUCAACUGAAUUCAGUGAUACAAUUUAUACAGGUUUCUCCUUAUUCUUGGUUUAAGGUUGUUACAAUCAUUAUUCAUCAAUUUUUUUUUUUCGGAGGGGGGGGGAUAGGUGAAUGGUAGAAUAGGUAUCUGCUCCGUAGCUUCUACUCAGUGUAUCAUAUCCUUGAACUUAAACAUUGAGUUGACAACCUUGACAUUUUGUAUCGCCUCAAGAUGCUUCCGAACUGGCGUCGUUGUCCGAGCUGAAGAUUUGAGCCUCGUCCGUACCGGACGAACUGUUUUCGUUGACGAGUAGGUUCGUCAGAAAAUAGAUUCGCUCUUUCAGCGUGUCCUCUUCAGUUUUAAAUCCAUAGUUGGAUGCAAUUUGUAAGGCAUUUUCGGCUGUUUCUUUGGCCAAUUGAUAGAAACCUUCUCGAUAAUACUGAUCUGAACGAUUCUUAUAAAGAUGCAUGCGUGGCCCUAUGGCGAGGGAAUCACCCACUUCGUGCAAGAUAUAGUCCAGGUGAUUUUGUGCAUCUUUAAUAUCUUCCGUAGUGACAUGAAUGUUGUUUAUCUCAUUUCGGGCGUUAGUCGAUGUGCAGUCAAGGCGGACAGCUGCGAUGCCUAGAUGGCAGAAUGUCAGCUUCUUCUCUCUAACUCUCAAACGGGUAUCCUCCUGAGAAUAAGCAAUUGCGAGCUCGAAAUCACGUAUCGCAUUUUCUCGGGCAUGUUUCCGUGCCUGUGCAUGCCCUUCGUCGACCGGGAUCGUGCACGUGAAAAUCAUCCAGAGUAAUCCACGGUUGUAAUAUAACUCAGCCAUGUCCUCUGGGGAAUCGUGAUGUUUCAAGUAGUCCUCGCUGCGUUCCAAAUAUUCAAACAGGGUUUGAAUCUUCUUAAUUUUCUUGUACAUGUGCAUAUUUAGUUCUAUCAGAAGAAAAUACGUUCUUGCUAUUAAAAUGUUCGAAUUUUUCAGUUUACAGUAUUCACCAAAUGCACUAACUGAGGUUAGAAAGAGCUUGCUUUUCUUAAAUUUUUUCUGGUACAUAAAGGAAACUCCUUGUUCGAUCACAAGAGAUAAUUCCAAAUCAGCAUAUUCUUCUCCCCCACAAAGUCGAGAGUACAAAUGAAACAAAACAUCUGUAUCUUCAAGUUUUCUAUCAUUCUGCUGAAAUUCAAGUUUUUUCAACAGUUGUUCACACGGUGUAUCGCGUGUAACGUUGCUGCUUUUACGCUCCAUGCGGUGUUUGAGCAAACAUUUGACCAAACACUUGUGUUCUUGAAAUCGUCCCUUAUCCUGUAGAAUUUCCAGUCGUUCCAUGAUUCGCUCGCAUCGCGGUCCGUUAAGAUAUCCCCGUUUUUUAAUCAUUGGUAAAGAUGGCGCUAUACUUGAAGGCUUUAUACUCAGGUAUUGGUUUUUUGGGUCAUCAAGUCGUUUCUCCUCAUUCAACUGCAUUUUACUGUGUUCUUCAUUUUGCUUUGCUGACAUAAUGUCUUCCAUCUCUACUAUACUACUAGGCACGUGGUUGGAACAUACUGCGUUCUGUUUUUCUUCGUCUUCGCAAGUGUUGACAUCGGUUUUCCCUGUUUUGGAACAAUGUUCGCAGUAACUCUGCUUUCGCUUUUCAGUUGACUGGCUUACUAUCGCCAUCUCACAAUCGGUAAUGGCCAGCAGUAAGACGUUUCCCAGCGUGUCCCCUUGUGCUUCGGCAACGCCCUCAUAUGGGGAGUGCUGUCCUUGACUCACCCAUGAUGGAUGGGUACACUGAAAACUCGCUUGACGGACACUUUGAUGAAUUUUGCCUUGCUGCACUUCCAAAGAAGACUGCUGUGGUGUUACAGCUGAAGCAUUUGGAUGUUUGCUCGGCAACUGAUACGAGCUUGGCGUAUAUGAAAGAUGUUCACAUUGAUCAAAUAUUAGAGUCUUUGCAGCAGUUCCGGUUUCAUUUGGUAGUUCUUCCAUUUCGUUGUUAGGUAGAUCUUUUAGGCGUUGUGCCAUAUCCUUGAUUGAUGGACUGACAGCGAAUUUGCAAACUUGAAUUGAAAUCCCUUCAGAUAGAAAUAGAGAAUAACACAUGGGCGCGCGUAGAUAUGGAAUUUCUCUUAGACUGUUUAACUCGAUAGCUCACUCGUGAGCUGUCGAGUUGAACAUGAGUAGAAAAAUUCCAUAUCUACAAGCAACCAUGUAUUAUUUUGUUUAUCAUAUAAACACAAUAGCCCUUUACUGGGAAGAAAAGCCGAAUUCAUUAAUGAAUGAAAAUAAACGAAUCGACAAUCCUCGAAUAACAAUCGUAGAGUGCGUUGGUGCUGACUCUUAAGAUGGAAAAAUACGUUGAAUCAUGAUUACCAAAAAAAAAUGGUCGUAAUUUUCAAUUUACAAAAUUCUCAUUUAUUGACUUUGUCCUUACCGAAAGAAGAAGUCUUUCAGGUAAACGGCCAAAAUUAGCCGGUGGCAAAUUUUCCAGUUGUCGAUUUUCAUUCUCAGUCAAGAGUAACGCUAACACCAAGUAGGAGACGAUAAUAAACACACCACCAGCCUCAGCCACGUUCUGGUCACUUGCAAAACGUAGACAUUGAUCCCAUUCAAUAAAUUUACCUCCUCGGUACACAUGGCCACAUGAUUACUAAUCAGCCGAUCACAAUCGUCUUUAGAGCAAGGGAAACCGCAAAUGUUUAAUAAAUCGUAUCAUUUUGGCCAACGAGCUCUGAAAUAUUUCGAAGUCUAAAUGUGUCAAAAGAAAUGCGAGGCGCAUGAAUAUUUGCGGAGCAUAGCUCGCUCUAUGCUCUCGAUGCAGAUUUAAAAGGAAACACGUCCCGAUAUUUUCAAGCCGAUUUUUGUCACGAAAAAAGCUAACUUCAAAGGCACAAGUAGGUCUUUUAAAAGAUGGAAAUGCACCAAAUCGAAUGGGGCAUCAAAUCCAGUUCUUCUUCUUUUUUAAUACUCGAUAAAGAGGUUUAAAUACCUCUGUCACAAUAGGGACGGUCAUUCUCUUGCGACUCUUUCACAGCUCACAUCUUAAAGUAUUGCUUUUUAAAGAGUCAUGUGACAAAGCGAACCUCGAUCGACAUGCCAUCUUUUGAACCGUACUUUCAUGAAAACUCUGCGUCUGCGCAGACAAAUGUUUGCUCAACAAAUAUACAAGACAACAGAUUGAUCGUACGUAAAAAAGCAAAUUAAAAAAGAAAAACUGUGAUCGUACCUUCAAACGCGAUUCUGGUGUUUUGUUAAGCCUUGAAGUAAAGUAAUACUCGGUGAAAUCUCGAAAACUCUGAACUUUCUCAGCGAGUCAUAUUUCAUUUUUAUGCAGCAUCAACACGAGUCAUUUGCAUUUUGAAGGGAAAGUCCCCGAAGUCUGAAUUCUGGUAAAAUUAUCAACGCAGUUACGUAAUGAUAUUUUAAAGUAAUUUUUAGCGCCACAGAAAAACUAAGUUAACCUUUGAAAUGAUCGUUUGUAAAGGUAGACAAACACCAAAGGAAUAAAAAUAAACAAACGUUCCACUCUCUUGCUUGUAAAAGAAAGCGUCUAUUUUAAGUAAUGUAUUUGCUUACCGAAGCAAAUUUUCAUGUGAUCGUGUUAUAUAACUCACCUUCCACUCUCUUUCUUGUAAAACAAAGAGUCUAUUUUAUGUAAUUUAUUUGCUUACUCAAGCAAAUUCUCAUGUGAUGUUGUUAUCUACCACACUUUGUUUCUAUCAUCUGCGGUUUUCAAAUAUGGAUAAAAAUCCUUUUUCUAUGUCGACAUCUCAGUUCCUCUUAGAAUUCUCAGUGGAGUUCUUCCAUAUCUCAUCGAGACGAGCUUGGUGAAUAUUGAUUUGCAUUUUAUACCGAUGAAGGCAAUUUAUUUGAGAAGUAAUCAUCAAUGGCGUUGUUUGUAUCUUUUCAACCUUUUUUGGUUCGCUAGGCCGCAUUGAAAACUCAAUCUCGAGACAGAGUACUAGACAUUUAUUUAAAGAACUUCUACAUACAUAAGUGUUAGAUUCUCUUCUGUGGAGAAAACCUUUCAGCCAGCAAGAUAUUUAAAUAACUUUAUACAAGCAUUCUAUCCUACGCUUUUCAAAUUGUGAAAGUUAAUCACAUGCAAAGCGCGUGAUAUUCACUUUUUUUUUAGUUAAGUAGAUCAAUUGUGUCACAACUUAAAUCAUUAAACAAUGACAUACUUCUUCCCGUUUGCAAAUCACAUAUUUCUAAACAUCGAGUGUCUUAAAAGAAAAGCUAUGGCGUCAUUUCUCAGAAAUUGAAGUUCAUGGAUCCGUCCAGAGAGAUAAAGAAAGAGUUUGGCAAUGUGUUAAAUGAGAUAAGAGGCAUAUUUCUUUUAACUCUUCCACGACUGAAUUAGAGCUUUCCUGAUAAAUUUGAAAGAAUAAUAAAUCCAGACACCACCUUUUCACUUUCACAUAAGGUUAGUCUUUUCAACAUUUCUGUUCCGUUUCACUGGCGCUUGUUUCACCGCUGCCAUCAUUGCUGGAGGUUUCAGACUCGUUGCCAAAAGGAGACUUUAUAUUUUCUCUGUGUGGAAUAUCGUGGCACAGCUGCUGAAGAAAAUCGAUGCGCUCUUGAAGCGAAGACAGCUCAGUGGUGAAUUCAUGAUGCUGAGCAAUUUCCAAUGCCUCUUCGGCGGUUUUCUUGGCUAGUGGGUACAUUGCCCUUCCCUGUCGAUAAUACUGAUCAGAGCGGGUUUUCAAAACCUGCACUCGCGUUCCUCGAGGAAUAACAUCAGCUAGUUGGUGCUCCAAAAUAUCGAGAUGUUUUACUGCAUCUGCAAUAUCUUGCGGGGGAAUGACUUUUAUUCGAGUUCGUGCCACAGUUGAUAUACAAUCGAGUAAAAGAGCUGCCACUCGAAGGUGCCCAUAUAUUUGCUUCUUAACUUGCACUCUCUCUCUGGGAUCCUUCUUGCCCGCUUCAAUUGUGUUUUCGAAGUAUUUUUUUACCAUCCUCUGGUAUUUGUUUCGUGCUUCUGCAUUUCUCUCGUCAUCCGGAAUCGUACUCAUAUGCAUCAAAUAAAUUGAACCAUAGUUGUAGUAAAUCUCAGCCAAGUCCUCCGGAGACUCGUGGUUUUGCAGCAAGAAUUCGCCUCUUUCGAGGAACUGGCGGAGACGCGGAAGCUUUUUGCUAUUUUGAUAUCUACAGACCUGUACGUACCUAUAGUAGGCUCUCGCUAAUAAAAUAUUUGGAUUGCGAAGCUCAUAUGUAGAGCCAAAAUCUAUCGCCGAGGAGAAAAGCUGCUUGCUUUCCUUUAGGGAUUUUUUCUGGUAAGAAAAAGCCGCUCCGCGUUCUAUCAUCAUUGCCAUUUGCAUGUCAGUGUUGCCUUUACGCAUAAAAUAUUCCAUGUAUGAAGUAACCAAACGAUCGUGUUCCUCAAACUGUCCAUUGUCUUGUAAAUCUUCAAGUCGCUCCAUGAUUUGCUCGCAUUGUUUUCCGUUGAGAUAUCCUGUUCUUUCGAUAACUGGCAACUGCGGCUCAAUGUCGUGAACUGGGGUUAGAACUUCGCAGCCUUGUAAGUCAUCGAACGCUCGUACUGGGCUCUCAGUUUUACCCCUUUGUCGCUCGCUGCAAUUGCCAUCCUUCGGGCUGCUAUCGCGUUGAACCCCGUCGUCGUUGCAGCAAAAGCUAUGACUUACUUGUUCUGUGUUCGACUGGCCAACCACAGUUACGCUGCAGUUUGCGAGUGUUAAGUUCAUAGUAUUUCGGUCGAUGUCAACUUUAGCUUGAGCGAUGAAGGAGGCUGGAUCUUUUGGAGUAAAACUGAAUGACGAGCCCUUAACAUCGUAACAUGAUGGCUGUCCACGUUCUGUGAGCUGUUUUGAAAAUUCAUAAGCGGGGUUAUGUGUACAAUUCAUUACUGUCAGAAUUUCUUAGUACGUUGUUGACGUCAAUAUCGAGGUAAAACCUCUUUGACUUUUUCCUUACGUUUAUGGCUUGUACUUAUUUGAUUCAGUUACAAUAUGCGUCUGGGUCAAACCAAACUCCAGUCGUUUCUCAGUGAUAUUUCCUCGAGGAAAUUUUGUACUCCAGUUUAAAUAUUCAUGCAAUAGAAAGUGCUUCGAUUGUGUGCUGAUUUACAUAAAAGCCAGUGUUUUGAUUAUUCUCCUCGACAGAAAAACUUGUCGCAAAGAGACUUCUGUAAGUAAGCUCGAAAGCAACGACCUUAUUGUCCGUCAAUACAAAUAAAUGAUUUUGUUGCAUCAGAGAGUUGAACUAAUAUUUGCGUGAAAGCUGAGCCUCGAAACCAAAGACGUAGGGAAAGUCCUACUUUGUACUUCCGGUUCCAUAGUUUGAAUGUCGAAUACUGAUAACACAUUGAAGUGUUUUUGACAGUUGUUAUCCACCAUUGAUCGAAGUUUAAGAAAAGUGCAGGUCGGUCCAAGAACUGACCCGGUUUCCAAGUAGAAAUUGCUUCAAUUUAAGGUUACAAGAAAGUUACGCGCUUUUUUAAACGACUGUAUGUAUUUACAGUUUUUCUUCACAUACGUGCCGCUUUCAUUUUGGAGUAAAGGGAUAAUCUGAUUGAUCUGUUUUUAAAUUUACACCAACUAGAGUUGAUAUCACCAAAAUGGCUACCGGUCGCCUUUCGAGUGUUAAAUCAGCCAGAGGUUAAAGGAAUUUCCUGCUACCGUAAUAUUCUCAUCAUUUUAGACAAAAAAUAAUCCGCAGGGACACCAAGUUAAUGGUAAUCUGGCUCAAAUACCUAAUCCACCGAAGUUUCAUCCUUAAUUAAAUACAAAUAUGUUAUCCAUCUUCGUUUAUCUUUUAUGAAAACUGCAUGACGUCAGAGUAAAUAUUAUUUGAACCUAUACCAAAUUUGGGCGUAAAAUAACCAGUUUUGAUUGAGUUAUCAGUAUUAAAAAAGUGUCAAUCAGAUCGGAGUCGAGAUUUUAUAUUAUUUGAUAAAUCUGUACCUAGAUAAUAUCCAACAUUAAGGGUUUUUUUUUGCGCAGACUUCUUGUGCGUCAUCAAAUUUUAUUGUCUAAAUUUGUGCACUGUUCAUUUCUAUCCUGAAUUUGACCCACUGGCACUGUAGGCGGCUUCGCUGGUUGAAACUUCGGGUUCUUCAGCCAAAACUAGGUGAGAAUGAAGUUUCAUCGCAAAGAAUUCAAUCAUCUCUUGUAGAGUGUUUAAUUCAGUGUCAAAUUUAUGAAAGGAAGCGAGCCUGAAAGCCUCUUCUACUGUCUCUUUGGCCAGGUUGUAUGAUCCCUGACGAUAACACUGAUCUGAUCGAGUUUUUAAGAGCUGUAUCCAUGUACCCUUGGGGAUACAGUCACCAAGUUUGAACUGAACAAUAUCCAGGUGAUCUUCAGCUUGUUUGAUGUCACUGGGUGGAAUGGUUUUCUGUUGAAUGCGUGCGGUAGUUGAACAGCAAUCAAGGAGAAUUGAUGCAAGUUUGAUGUGAGCGUAUCUUUCCCUUUUAAUUCGAACUCUUAAUCGAUGGUCUUUUUGACUGAAGAAGAGAGCUUUCUCAAAAGAGCAUCUCGCUUUAUUCCGCAUGGCGUUACGGGCACGAGAUCAUGUAAUUUAACCAUAAACAGCCAUAGGUGUAAUAGAGGUCAGCCCAGUCUUCUGAAGAGUCGUACUGCUGCAAGAGAUGUUCGCUGCGUCGGAGAUAUUCAAACAGUAGAGUUAAUGUUAACUUUCUGUGUUUUCCUUCUCUCCUCAUGUGAGCUGCAAGUACAUAGAAGGCUCUUGCUUAUAUCACAUCUCUAUAUAAAGCUUGACCAUUUAGGUCAGAUUACGUGACUGAUAAGAGCAUUUUCUUCGCUAAUUUGGAUUUGUUUUCGUAUGAGAGGGCCACUGCCUGUUCUAUCUUUAAGACUAGAACCAUGUCAGCAUUAUUUCUAUCUUCAUAGUAUUGAAUUUUCUCAAUCGUAAGGCGCUUGUGGUGGACAAACAUUCCGUUAUCUUGACAAAACUCGAGCGCUUUUAGGAGUUGCUCGCCCUCGCGAUGCUUUCCGUUAAAAUCGCCUUUUACCUUGAUUGAGGCCAUCGGUAGAACGACACGGGCAGUAGUCGCUCCACUCGAGUCUGUGUGUUCUCUUUCUUUUGUUUCGCUCAACGGCGUGAGAUGGCAGUUCACGACUCCUCUUGCUGUCUAGUAUUGGCUCAGGGUGCAAUGUUCUUCUUUUUAACAGCUGUCAGAUCGAACUUCGCCUUUGCUGAAAAGCUUCGUUGGCGUUCUAGUUUUUCUGUCAUUUCCGUUCACUACGAUCGUUCAAGUUGGCUUCUUUUAGACCAUUCUCGCUCUGAAGCCUGUCUCUGUCGCAGUCUCGUUGCUGCUUACUUAUUCUAUGUUUGAAUGAUUCGCUUUAAGGACGCUACAGUUUGCGAGUGUUACGUUCAAAGUGUUUGCGACCGUGUAUGUUUCAUCCAGCAUUGCGUCUAAUGGAGGGUACCAUGUUUUGAUUAAGAAAACAGUCAAAGCAAAUGUAUUUUUGCCGCAGAUAUUACUGUUGAAGCCCCAACUAAGUAGCUUUGGAAUCCUUCAGUCGAGAGACACACAUGAAGAAUGACUUUCUUGGUUUUUUUUAGAGCCCCAUCGUCAUGUUCCCAACCGAGUCUGACUUUUGUAUUGAUCAACAUCAAAGGAUUAAAAUUUCUUAUCUACAUGCAAGUUAGAUUUUUAAAGAAUUUUAUAGGCACAACAAACUCGCAGCGACCCCUUUUCACCGUCCGGCCAGAGAAAGUAACUUUUACUGAAUCAGGGAAUUUAUCCAACAAUAUUUUAUAUGUUUACAUGCAAAUUGAACCUUAAAACGAAAAUCUUCUUAUGUCUAAAAUGGAAGUUGACAUCAUGCCUUGGUACUUUGUACUUCCGGUUUCACAACUAAAUUGUGAAAGAAAAGUUCAGGUUCAUUGAAACGCGGCUUCUUACUAAAAAAAACACUUGCUAUUCGUUUAUCUUACUUUUCAGUAUGAAUAAUGAUUUCAGUAUGAAUAAUGAUUUAACUUUCAGCGACACAUACAGAUAAACGAGUUUUAUGCAGACACAUGAAGAUAUACGUUUCAGCGAGUUCGAAUUAUCCAUCUCUAUCCUGAACUGGACCCACUGGCACUGUAAGGGGCUUCGCUGUUUGAAAAAUGAAGUUCUUCCGUGAAAACUAGGUGAGAAUGAAAUUUCCGCUGAAACAACUCGAUCAUCUCUCGUAGAGUUGUUAAUUCAGUGUCAAAUUUGUGGAAGGAAGCGAGUCUGUAAGCCUCCUCGACUGUUUCUUGGGCCAGUUUGUAUUUAUCCUCACGAUAAAACUGAUCUGAUCGGGUUUUCAAGAGCUGUAUCCAUGUACCCAUGGGUAUAACCUUUCCAAGUUUGAACUGAACAUUAUCAAGGUGUUCCUUAGCUUGUUUGAUGUCGUUGGGUGGAAUGGUUUUCUCUUGAAUCCGCGAGGCAGUUGAAUAACAAUGUAGGAGUAUUGUUGCAAGCUUGAUGUGAGCGUACAUUAGCCUUUUAAUCUGAACUCUGGGUCGAGGAUCUUGUUGGCUGUAAAAGACAGCUUUCUGAAAAGAACUUAUCGCGUUAUCCCGAGCAGUGUUGUGAGCACACCGGUUUACCGGUAUCAGACUCAUGUAAUCCAGCCAAAAGCAGCCAUAGGUCUGAUAGAGCUCAGCCCAGUCUUCUGGCGAGUCAUGGUUUUGCAAGAGAAAUUCGCUGCGCCUUAGAAAUUUUAAUAUCUUACCCAUUUCCUUUGAAGAUCUUUCCAUAGGAUCAGCCACUCUUAAAAAGUAGGCUCUCGCCAGUAAUAUGUUCGGAUUUAUAACUUUAUACGUUUGGUGUUUGUCUAAUGUUAUAACUGAAAUAAACAUGCUCUUGCUUUUCUUGAAUUCUUUUUGAUACGCAAAAGCUACUCCUCGCUCUAUUUUCAGCGCUAAAGCCAUGUCGGGAUUUUUUCCUUCCGCAAAACUUUGCAUACUUGCGGUAACAAGGCGUUCAUGGUCUUCAAACUUUGCAUUGUCUUGGAGAUCCUCAAGUCUUGACAAGAUCUUCUCAAACUGGAUUCCUUUUAGGGAUCCUUGUAUUUUGAUUAGGGGCAGGGGACAGUCCACAAAGGUACGGUGUCGUGCUUCGUCAGAAAGCUGUCGAUGGUAGUCGACGGGUUUCAAAGCUUGUUCCGUUUUUGAUUUGCCGACUGCAACAGUUUUGAAGUUAGAGAUAGUAAUUUUCAGAGUGUUUGCGACGGUGUGAAUUGUUGCUUCAGCGAUACCCCUUGCAGAAUUGACAGGAACACACGUAACUAACGAGCCAUUCUCAUCGUUGCAAGAUGGCUGUCCGUUGUCUAUGCUCUGGUUUGAUAUGUCUUCAGCGGGGCCGGAUGGGAAUUUCAUUCCUUUCCUAGUUUCUUGAGUCGUCAUUUUUAUGUUAUGGUAAUACCUCUUUGAUUUCAGCCUUCGUUUGAAAAGACUUAUGUGCUGGAGAAGUCUGCAAAAAGCCAAAGAUUUAUCCACCGAAUAUGAAUUCUUCGUUGUUACCGCAGAACUGUGCGUGACUCAAAUUUUUUGCGUGACGUUAUGAUGGUCAGGGCGGUGCGUCAGGUCCCGGAUGACACGCUAGCUCGACCGUCGCUAGUACGUUGUCGGCGUCGAUAUCAAGACAAAAUCUCUCUGACUUUUUCCAUGUGUUUAUGGAUUGUACUUAUUUAAUUCAGUUACAAUAUGCAUCAGGGUUACACGCACUCUAAACCAGACUCCAGACGUUUCUCAGUGAUGUUUCCUCGAGGCCGUUCAAUUGUUCAUUCCUGUUUAAAUAUUCCUACAGUAGAAGGCGCCACGUUUCGACACGUUUGAAAGAUCUGAUCUGAUCUGCACGCAAGCCAGUGUUGUGAUUAUUCUCCUCGAGAGACUUCUGUAAUUAAGCUUGAGGGCAACGACCUUAUUGUCCGUCAGUACAACAAAAUGAUUUUGUUGUAUCAGAGAGUUAAACUAAUAUUUGGGAGAAAGCUGAGCCUCGAAACCAAACACGUAGGAAAAGUCCCUUAAAACCUUGGCUUUGUACUUUGUACUUCCGGUUUCAUAGUUUGAUUGUCGAAUAUUGAUAACACAUUGAAGUGUUUUUGACAGUUGAUAUCCACCAUUGCCCGACAUUUAAGAAAAGGACAGGUUGGUCUAAGAACUGACCCCGUUUCCAAGUAGAAAUUGCUUCAGUUCAAGGUUAAGAGGAAGUUACCUGAUUUUUUAAACGACAGUAUGUAUUUACAGUUUUCCUUCACAAACGUGCCACUUUCAUUUUGGAGUAAAGGGAUAAUCUAAUUAAUCUGUUUUUAAAUUUGCAAAUCUCAUGAAAACUGCAUGACGUUUGAGUAAAUAUUAUUGGAACCUACUUUAAAUCUGUGUGUAAAAUAACCGGUUUUUAUUGAACCAUCAGUAUUAAAAGCAAAUAGAUCGGAGUCGAGGUUUUAAAUUAUUUUAUAAAUCUGUACCUAAAUAAUAUCCAGUAUUGAGGGGUUUUUUCGGCGCAGACGUGUGUUUCAUUAAAUUUUAUUGUCUAAAUUUGUGCAGUGUUCACCUCUAUCCUGAAUCUGACCCACUGGCACUGUAGUAAUCUGGUUCAAAUACCUAAUCCACCGAAGUUUCAUCCUUAAUUAAAUACAAAUAUGUCAUCCAUCUUCGUUUAUCUUUUAUGAAAACUGCAUGACGUCAGAGUAAAUAUUAUUUGAACUUGUACCAAAUUUGGGCGUAAAAUAACCAGUUUUUAUUGAAUUAUCAGUAUUAAAAACGAGUCAAUCAGAUCGAAGUCGAGAUUUUAUAUUGUUUGAUAAAUCUGUACCUAGAUAAUAUCCAACAUUAAGGGUCUUUUUUUGCGCAGACUUCUUGUGUGUCAUCAAAUUUUAUUGUCUAAAUUUGUGCACUGUUCAUUUCUAUCCUGAAUUUGACCCACUGGCACUGUAGGCAGCUUCGCUGGUUGAAACUUCGAGUUCUUCAGUGAAAACUAGGUGAGAAUGAAGUUUCAUCGCAAAGAAUUCAAUCAUCUCUUGUAGAGUGUUUAAUUCAGUGUCAAAUUUAUGAAAGGAAGCGAGCCUGAAAGCCUCUUCUACUGUCUCUUUGGCCAGGUUGUAUGAUCCCUGACGAUAACACUGAUCUGAUCGAGUUUUUAAGAGCUGUAUCCAUGUACCCUUGGGGAUACAGUCACCAAGUUUGAACUGAACAAUAUCCAGGUGAUCUUCAGCUUGUUUGAUGUCACUGGGUGGAAUGGUUUUCUGUUGAAUGCGUGCGGUAGUUGAACAACAAUCAAGGAGAAUUGAUGCAAGUUUGAUGUGAGCGUAUCUUUCCCUUUUAAUUCGAACUCUUAAUCGAUGGUCUUUUUGACUGAAGAAGAGAGCUUUCUCAAAAGAGCAUCUCGCUUUAUUCCGCAUGGCGUUACGGGCACGAGCAUUUCUCGUGUCAUCCGGUAUCAGGCUCAUGUAAUCUAACCAUAAACAACCAUAGGUGUAGUAGAGGUCAGCCCAGUCUUCUGGAGAGUCGUACUGCUGCAAGAGAUGUUCGCUGCGUCGAAGAUAUUCAAACAGCAGAGUUAAUUUUAACUUUCUGUGCUUUUCUUCUCUCCUCAUGUGAGCCGCAAGUACAUAGAAGGCUCUUGCCGAUAUGACAUCUCCGUAUAAGGCUUGACCAUUCAGGUCAGAUUCCGUGACUGAAAUAAGCAUUUUCUUCGCUAAUUUGGAUUUGUUUUCGUACGAGAGGGCCACUGCUUGUUCUAUCUUUAAGACUAGAACCAUGUCAGCAUUUUUUCUAUCUUCAUAAUAGUGAAUUUUCUCCAUUGCAAGGCGCUUGUGUUGGACAAACAUUCCGUUAUCUUGACAAAGCUCGAGCGCUUUUAGGAGUUGCUCGCCCUCGCGAUGCUUUCCGCUAAAAUCGCCUUUUACCUUGAUUGAGGCCAUCGGUAGUUUCACAUGGGCACAACUCGUUCCAUUCGAGUCUGAGUGUUCUAUUUCUUUUGUUUCGCUUAACGGCGCAAGUUGGCAGUCCACGACUCCUCUUGAUGUCUGGUAUUGGUUCAGGGUACAAUAUUCUUCCUUUUGACCGUCGUCAGGUUGAACUUCGCCUUUGCUGAAAAGCUGUCGUUGGCAUUCGACUUUUUCUAUCACUCUCUUUUGUCGUUCAUUUCGAUCAUUCGAGUCGGCUUCUUUUGGACUAUAUUCGCUCUGAAGCCUAUCUUUUUCGCAGUCUCGAUUUCUGCUUAAUUGCUCUGUGUUUGGAUGGCCCACUAGAAUGACGCCACAGUUUGCGAGUGAUACGUUCAAGGUGUUUGCGACCGUCUCAAAUUUUGCUCGAGCAAUAAUCGGUGCAUUAGGAGGAAACUUUGAUGACAAGCCUUUCCCAUCGUAAGAUGUUUGUCCAUGGUGUGUGCUUCCUUUAGAGAGAUCUUCAGCGAGGGUAGAUGCCAUUCGUCCUUGUUUCGUGCGUCGUCGACGAUGUUAUUUUGAUGGUUCUGUCUCUCAGAUUUCACGCUUAUGCUCUUGUUUUGGCUGCUUCUCUCGGGUAUGAUUUGGAUAAAGCUCUAGAGAAUCUUUAAGGUUGUCCUUAUUCGAGCGCGGGCGAAAGGAUCUAGGAGUUGUAGCCGACAAUUGAAUUUAUCAUCGAUGAAAUCCUGCGAAAAAAUAAUAUCCGUGCCUUUUAUUUGCUAUUUGAGCCUUUUAAACAAUAUUUAUCUUGUAUCCGAAAGGGGAAGACCCUUUGCAUAUAGGGGCUUUAAAUUUCCGUCUAAAAGCCGUCACAUGAUUCGUUAGAGAUGACAUCAUUUCGAUGCCGGGGAUGUUCUUAAAUAUCGGGAAAAACAAUAAGAUGAAAAGGGGAGGAAUUCAAUCCUCUUUCUUGAUCUUGAAAUACAUUGCGUGACAGAUUCAAGCCAAGUUGCCUUCUGUUAUCAAUUUUCAGUACUGUUCCGUCAACGCUCCAUCAUUACCAUUUACAAUUACAGUUUCAUCUGCUGUAAAUUAAGUUAAACCCUUAAACUAGUUGCGAAUGAAGGCUAGCUUACAAAUCAACAAUGUUCUACAGAUGAAAUUUGCAGAUUUCAAUUUAUAAUUUUUCAUGUCUAUUGUGAGUGACUUCCACUGUUAUUGUAGCCGGUGUCGCUGCUGGCAUGAUCAUGUCCUUUGAUAACAAUCUGGUCGGGUGUUUGGUGUUUGGAGUUUGUUGUCAAGGAAGUUGAUUCUUUCACGGAGGGUUUCCAAUUCUGUGUUGAAUUGGUGGAGGCAUGCAAGCUGAUAGGCAUCCUCGGCUCUUUCUUUAGCCAGAUGGAAUCGUCCUUGACGAUUAAGUUGAUCCGAUUGGGUUUUAAAGAGUAGCAUCAACGUUGCCUUCGGUAUACUGCCACCGAGUUUGAACUGGAUGAUUUCAAGGUGCUCUUCGGCUUCUUCAAUGUCACUGGGUGGAAUUGGUUUUUCUUGAGCCAGUGCGAAGGUUGAACAGCUAUCCAGGAGUAUUGUGGCAAGCUUGAGGUGGGCAUACAUUUGCCUUUUAAUCCUAACUCGCGGGCGAUAAUCUUGUUGACUGAAAUAGAUAGCUUUCGUAAAAUAGUAUUUUGAUUUUUCUCAAGCGGCGUUUCUUGCACGUGCAUUUCUCCUGGCAUUCGGUAUUUGGCUCAUACGAUCCAGCCAAAGAGCGCCAUAGGUCUGGUAGAGCUCAGAUAAGUCCUCUGGUGAGUCAUAAUUUUGCAGUAGAUAUUCGCUGCGUCGAAGAAAUUCCAAGAGCAGGGGAAAUUUUGAGUUUCUGUACCUUUCAUUUCUUCUCAUGUGAGCCGCAAGUAAGUAGUAGGCUCUUGCCGUUAUAAUGUCUGAAUAUGAAGCUCGACUCUUUAGGUUAGAAUUUGCGACUGAAAUAAGCUUUUUCCUGGCUAGCUUCCAUUGACCUUUGUAAGAGAGAGGAGCUGCCCGCUCUAUCUCCAAGACCAACAGCAUGUCCGCAUUUUUUUUUUCUCCUUCAUAAAAAUGCAUUGCCCUUGUGACGAGGCUGUCGUGUUCAUCGAAGUGUCCGUUAUCUUGAUAAACCUCGAGCUUUUCCAAGAGUCGCUCGCACAUGCCAUGCUUUCCACUUAGAUCUCCUUCUACCUUGAUUGGGGCCAUCGGUAGUUCAACACUUUUAAUAAUUAUUUCACCUGAGUCAGCGUGUUUACUAUUUUGUGUUGCACUCAAAGGCUGAACUUGGUAGUCUACCACUCCUUUUGCUGUCUGGUUGAGGAUGCAAUUUGCUCCCUUUGGACCGCUGUCUGAUCUAACCUCGCCUUUGCCGAAAACCUGUUGUUGACAUUCGACUUUUUCUGUCACUCUCUUUCGUUGCUCAAUACAAUCGUCAGAGUCGGGUUCUUUUCGACUAUUUUCGCACUGAAGCCUGCAUUGGUCACAACAAUGAUUACGUCUUACUCGUUCUUUGUUUGACUGGCUAACUAAAAUCAUGUUGCAGUUUGCGACUGUUACGUUCAAAGUAUUUUGUGUUAAUUUUGCAUGAGCGAUAAUCGAGGCUUCGGGAAGAAACUUUGAUGACAAGUCUUUCCCUUCGUGGGAUGAUGGCUGUCCAUGGUUUGUGAGUUCUUUAGAGCGAUCUUUAGCGGUGUUAGAUGAAGAUGCCAUUUCUGUUUUGAUUCGGGGUUAGUUGUCGAUGUUAAAAUGUCCGAAAUGCUUCUUGGAUUUCGUAGCAAUUUCCUUCAGGUGUAAUUCAACUAGGGCUUGCGAGUUCCUAUUUCAAAAUUUUUAAAGAAUGUUUUGAUGUAUUCGAAGGAGAUGGUUUCUUGGAAUUGUAGUUGAAAAAGCAACUUCCAUCGAAGAGAUCAUUUACAUGAAAAGCUCUAAGUCUCAUAAAUGCAAUUUACAUAACAAUAGGUUUAUUGUAAUCAAAAGGGAAAUUCCCUUUUUAUCAAUAUUGUGGCUUAAUAUUUGCAUCUGUUUCAGUAUUUUUAUCCACUCAAUGAAACCCACAGGUUCUUGUAGAUUUACCUGUAAAGACAGUUUUCGUCGAGAUAAUCCCAAGAAUAAUUUUGAAUAGAGCCAUGUUUCCUUUGUUAUUUAAGUAUAACAUUGCUCCACGUUUUUUUUUAAUUUAGAAAGACGAAUGACAUAUUUAUGUAUGAUACCGUCAGUCUGAUGUCUGCUUAUAAAUUCUAACCAAUGGGUUUCCAUUCCUGUAAGGGGGAAGUCCCUUGAUAUCUUAUCUAUGGUCACGCAUUACGUCAGAUAUCAACGAUGGAGCUCGACUGUUAGCGACUGCUGGCGAUUGCCAACGUAGACGCACAGAUAGUGGCUAAAUAUUUCCAUCCCCCAAGUUCGUUUUCCGGCAAAAUUUCGUCUCGUGAGUCAUCAGGCAUUACAUCAUUAUAUUAUUUGUACUUUACUCUGCUGUAGAACGAGAUUAAUCAACUGCUUAACAAUGAAAGCAGAACUACCUUACCAGUUGACAGUUUAUGUUUUUGUGUUAGGAAAUUAACUAGCGUGAUGUUGAUUUUAAUCGGAUAAUAUUUAUUCACUACAACAGGUUUCGCUACUUGAUUGCUCGAGUUCUUUAGAAACAACUAGCUUACAUUUUUCAACAUUAUCGACAAGAAACGUUAUACGUCUUCGUAGAGGGUCCAAUUCUGUGUUAAAUUUAUUGGAGGACGCGAGAUGAAGAGGCUGCUCAGCUGUCUCCUUCGCAAGUUGCAGAAAUCCUUGGCGAUAAAAUUGAUCCGAUCGAAUUUUCAAGAGCUGUAUCAUUGUACCUGCGGGGACACUGUCACCAAGGUCAUACUGAAUGGAAUUGAGGUGUUCUUCAGCUUCUUUUAUGUCACUUAGGGGAAUAGCUUUCGCUUGGGUUCGCACGGCAGUCGAAACGCAAUCUAGGAGUAAUGUUGCAAGAUUGAGACGAAUGUACCUUUGCCUUUUAACCCGAACCCUUGGUCGAUGAUCUUUUUGGCUAUACGAGAUAGCUUGCUCAAAAUAGCAUCUCGCGUUUUCUUUGGCGGUCGUUCGUGCUGGCGCAUUCCUCUGGUCAUCCGGUAUAAGGCUCAUGCGAUCUAGCCAAAGGCGACCGUAUUUUUGGUAGAGUUCGGCCCAAUCUUCCGGCGAGUCGUAGUUUUGCAACAAAAACUCGCUGCGUUUAAGGUAUUCAAAGAGCCGAGGUAACUUCACAGGCUUUCUUUUCCGUAUGUCAGCCACAAGUAAAAAGUAGGCUCUUGCCAUCAGAAUAUUCGAAUUAAGUAAAUGACACGUUCUUUCUUUGUUUGAUUGUAUGACUGAGGUAAACAUACUCUUGCUCUUUUUAGACUCUUUCUGAUAAGAAAACGCCACUCCUCGCUCUAUUUUUAAGGCCAACUCCAUGUCAGGUUCAUUUCCAUUGGCACAACGUUGAAGCAACGAUAGGACUAAAUGCUCGUGUUCGUUAAAAUGUCCAUUGUCUUGCAAAAUCUCAAGUUUUUCCAGGAUUCUCUCGCAUUGUGGUCCUUUGAGAUACCCUUGUUUCUUGAUCAAGGGCAUCGGUUUUUCAACACUGUAGGAAACAAUUCCACCUGCGUCUUGGUUUCGGCAAUGGGCUUGUGCUUCUUUAGAAAGCUUUUCUUGGCCACAGCAAUGAUCAUUUUUUCCUUGUUCUAUGCUUGACUGACCGACCAGUACGACGCUGAAACUUGAGACCAUUAACGUCAAAGAUUUGGUGUGAGCUUUAGAUCUUACUUCAGAGACAGUCGAGACUGAAUUAUUGGAAGGAAACCUAGAUAACGAGCCUUUCAUGUCGGUGCAAGUUGCCUGUCCAUUGUCUGUGCGCUCUUUUGCAGUUUCUUUAGCGUUGCUGAUAAAUGCCAACGUUUACCGGCGUAUUUCUUGUUUGGUCAUUUAUGUUUGUUUAAGAGUAAUAAUUCGUUGUUUCCAGCGUUGUAUCCUCGGACUGGUGAUUUUGAACCAGUGUAAUCUAAGGUAGAUGCGGAUUACCUCCCACUAGAAGAAAGAGAUAUUCCUCCGAAGACGUCGAAUACUCUGUUUCGGCGAUGAAGUUUGAUUAUGUUCCUUCUCGACAGCACUAUAAAGAUACUCUGUUCUGUUUAUGAGAGCCAGAGUUUCUUCUAGAUUUAGCCGUGAAAAACGGUUUUCGUCGAGAGAAUCCCAAAAAUUAUUUUAAAUAAAGCCAUGCUUUCGUUUUGUUAAGAAAAGGAUGAUACGUACUUUGUCCUACGUUCUUUAAAUUAGGGAAGGUGAAAUAAUAAUUCAUCAGAUCUUUCGUCUGAUAUUUGCAUAUAAAUUCUAACCAAUCGGUUUAAUUCCUGUGAGGGGAAGUCCCUGUGAUAUUUAAGUCAUAACCACGCAUUACGUCAGUUAUUGAGAAGCCCGCAGAGGGUAGCAACAUAAUUGAGAGAAAUGGCAAUCCCUUAAGUCAAGAUAAUUAUGUCCAUCCGUAUUUACAUCAUGCACGGCUGGCUGCAAUGCUAACGCAGAUUGAAAUUUCCAAGUAUCUUACCCAGUAUUCCGAUUAUUUCAAUUAGAGGGUUUAAUUCUAAGUUAUAUCUACAGGAGGAAGCCACAGUUAAGCCUUCUCGGUUAUUUCUAUUGUAAGGUGGGAUAAUGGCUGACGAUGAAAAUAUAUAGAAAAGUGCUCAUAUUUAUAGAAUAUGCAUGAUAUUAUUGUCAUUGUUCACUUGACCCUGGGCACGAUUGAAAUUGAAAUAGUAAUUUCGCUGUCACACAUUAUAGACGAACACUUGUACCUUGUCGAAAAAAUUAUCACCGACCAUUAUUGAAAUUGUAGUGAAAAGAAAGCAAGCGAACAGAUAAAAUCGAGUAAAUAAUGGAAAAAAGUAAAUACGCAACAGGGCAAAAGAAUGAUAAAAACAGGCAGAGUUACUGUGUUUCCAGAUGUCAUAUACUAAGUAUAGAUAUAAAUAUUCUUUCGAUCUUGUUUUAUUUAAUUGUGAUACUUAUUCAAUCCUUUUCAAGUUUAUAAUCUCGUGAUCUUUACUCGGUGCCGCUAUAGCAGCUUUCAGUAUGGGUAUCUUCUAUUUCCAUGAUAGCAACUUCUUUCGCAACCUCGAGCUUUACGUCAAGAAACUGGAUCCUCUCUUGAAGAGUGUCUAAUUCAGUGUUAAAUCUAUUCGAGGAAGCGAGCUGAAAAGCCUCCUCGGCCGUUUCUUUGGCCAAUUGGUAUAAUCUCUGACGAUAGAAUUGAUCAGAUCGAGUUUUUAAGAGCUGUACCUGUGUUCCUGUAGGUACACUCUCACCAAGUCUAUACUGAACAAAAUCAAGGUGUUCUUUGGCUUUCUUGAUAUCACUGGGUGCAACUUCUUUUUCUUGUGUGCGCGCGGCAGUUGAACUGCAGUCUAACAGCAGUGCUGCUAACUUGAGAUGACAAUAGGUUUGUUUUUUUAUCUGAACUCUCGGUCGUUUAUCCCUUCGGCAGAAAGAGACAGCUUGCUCAUAAUAAUAUUUUGCUUUAUCCCGGGCGGUCUCUCGUGCCUGUGCAUUUCUCAGGUCAUCAGGGAUAAUGCUCAUAUACUUCGACCAAACGGAUCCAUAGUUGUAAUACAGCUCGGCCCAGUCUUCUGGGGAAUCGUGAUUUUGCAGAAGAAACUCGCUGCGUCGAAGAAACUCAAAUAGCGGGGAUAAUUUCACCGAAUUUCUAUUUGUGUAGUCUUCUACAAGUGAAAAAUAGGCUCUUGCUGUUAAAAUACUAGGAUUUGUAACGUCGUAAUUCUGUGUUUGUUCUGAUUUUAUGACUGAGGUAAACAUAGACUUGCUCUUCUUAGACUCUUUUUGGUAAGAAGAGGCCACUCCUCGCUCUAUUUUCAAGGCCAACUCCAUGUCCGGAUUUUCCCCAUCUGCAAAACGUGAAUACAGGCGGUAACAAGGCGCUCAUGUUCAGCAAACUUUCCUUCGUCCUGCAGAAGCUCAAGUUUUUUCAAGAUUCUCUCGCACUCUUUUCCGUUUAGAUAUCCAUGUUUUUCGAUCAAAGGCAUUAGUGGGUCAACACUGGCAAUGAAAGUAUCGCGCCACUCUGUCUGUGAACGUUGUUGUGUAUCCCCAAAAGUUUGAAGCUGGCAGGCUACCAACUCCGCUGGUCGCUUGUGUUGGUCUAGAAGGCUGCCCUUUGUCUUUAGAGCAGAGUGAUUGUACUUCACCCCCGUUGGCACGUUUUGUUUCCCGUUUAAGGAAGGUGUGCUCCUAGUUAGGCUGCUGCUGUUUGGCGAGUGAUUGUUGGACUAUGACCAGACUCCUCUAUUCGAUCCUUAGGUUCAAAUUUCUUGGUUCUGUGGCCUUGUCAGAAACUGAGAUUGAAUUCUCAGAAUACAGUGUGUUUCCAUCGUUACCAGCCUCGCAUCUUCUUCGUUCCAGUUCCAUCGGUAGCAUUUCAACGGUUUCGUUCGAUGAACACUGCUCUGUAGACUGCGUCUCAUUACUACUCAUCGUGAACAAAUACUUUCCUCUCGCUCUUUCGUUUGUAAUCCCUCGCAGUUUCUUUCUUUAUACCAAAUGAAACGCCGGAAAACAGGGAACAUUGAGUUGUUUACAAUGACAGACAGGUUUGAAUUCUAUAUAAAGAAUAUAUAAAGCGAUUAUUAAUUUGGUGAGUUCAUCUGAGUAAAUAGAAUAGGAGAGAUGGUAAGUGAGUUCGGUAAUACAGAAAGAUGUUUUUCAUCUUGUUACGAUCGUGGGAUGAAAAAAAAAUUCUGAGUCCCCAUGAGGAACCGAACACGCGUCCUGCAUACUGCUAGGACUCAGAAUUUUUUCUUUGUUCCACGCUUGUGGCAAGACGAAAAAAUCUUUCUCUAUUUCUUUACCGAGCUCAAAACUUACCAAUCUCUCUUAUUUUGUUUACAACUAUGACGCUAUCGACAUUGCUGAUCCAAGCAGUAUGCAGGACGCUUGUCAUAUGAAAUUCGAAAUAGACUUCGCUCACCGUGGAGUCCCUGUGGCUCAGUGGUAGAACAUCGGAGCGCGGAAUCCGAAGGUCUGAGGUUCGAUUGCUCAUGGGGACUACAUAUUUUUUUCUUUGUCCCACGCUGGUAACAAGACGAAAAACAUCUUUCUCUUUAUCUGAGUAUUUCACUCUUUCUCUGACAGGCUUACCGCUGACCUUUACUGACAAUAUGGAGCAGUUGAUCGCAAGUGAUACAACCGUAGCAGAAUUCAUCAUGAAACAUCCGCCUGUUCAUGUAGAUACCAAGCCACAAGUAGUAACAUUAAAAGACAAACCUUUCACUGCUUCUUUGGUUUCUGAAAGCGCAGUCCUCAGUCUUCGUGGUCUCGAAAAGGAGAUUCAAGACGACAUCGGAGAAAGGGGCAUCGCUAAACUUCACAUUGCUGACGAGCUUCUGCGGGCUGCACUCGUUUUGUCACACUCGUCAUUUGUAGGAAUACAUUUCGGUUUCCCUUGCAAUACCAAUGAUGAGUUUCCAGAUGAAACGGAUGGUCCCCUUGGGGCAAUUGCACUUGGUAAAGCUCUCAAAGCCCUUGGAAAGGAGGUAACAUUUAUUGCAAGUUACUAUCACGUCAAAUUAGUGCAGGUACUUGUCGAAACAUUUUUGAGAAACAAAGCUUGUGUUGUGGAGUUCACGCCACAACGGACACAUGGCUCUGGCGGGGUCAGAGCAGCUGCUCAAACGUUGCUGUUUCACAAUCCAACGAAUCAAAUGAGUCCAAAGUUUGACGUUUUAGUUGCCAUAGAAGCAGUUGGUAGGACAGAAGAGGGCCGUUACAUGACCAUGAAAGCAAGGGACUUGUCCGAGAUUUGUAAAGUCAGUCCAGUGGACGAAGUUUUCAUUCAAGGUAGCUAUAAUUAUAAGUUAAUGGGAAGUGUACUUACAAACCCUGCACCAAGAUAUUCAUUCAUGCUCCCAAUCGCCAGUUAAAAGGUGGAGCCCUUUUGAUCUGAGUGUUUGAGACAUUUAUGACAUUGUAAUGACUUUCAAAGAAAUUUGUAAAUGCCGUUUCUUGACUAGUAGAUGUUAAUUUGCUGGAGAAUCGCCAACUUAUCAAAAGAAGUUAGUCUUACUAAAAAUCGAUUUCGAAGAGUUUAUUUGAUGAAAUUUGUCUCCAUGCGCUUUUAUCAUCAAAACAAAAAAUGGUAUAACAUGAGGACCUCACUCAGAGCAAUCUUUUUUAACUCAUUUACCAUAAAAUCUCUCAUAACGGUGACGAAAUUAUGAGACUUCUCUCAACAAGGUACUUUAUAUGGACCUUAUUCCUCUCUUUCAGCUAAAAAGUCAGGAAAAAUUGCCACAAUCGGAAUCGGUGAUGGUGGUAAUGAGAUCGGAAUGGGAAAGGUCCACCAAAUGGUCGUCGAUGGCAUUAAAAAUGGACAACACAUCGCUACUACGGUUGCCACUGAUCAUUUGAUCACCUCGGGUGUUUCCAAUUGGGGCGGAUCGGCGUUAGUGGCAGCUCUGGCCAUCUUAAGUCAGUGCCCGGUGCACUCACCGUACGUCAGACGAGGAAUUUUGCCUGAUACACCUGUUCUUACCAAAGAAGUCUUGAAUACGGUGGAAAUGGUAAUGCCUUCGAUGAAGUCUUCUUUUUGCGUACCGAACUGACCCUCGAUAUUAGUUAACUUUAGGCUCUACAAUAAUUAUUGAACCCAAACAUCGGAUGCGUAUAGGUGUGUCAAAACGAACUAAUCAGAUUUUAAAAAACAGCUCACAGGCACAGCAAUAAACGGAAAAAGUCGCCGUGAUACGAAAGAAAAAGAUAUCGGAAGGAAUUUUAUAAGAUAAAAUGGGCUUCCUGGGUAACUUAUGCAUGUACACCACUCGAGACUUCGUCCACUUUGAAAAAAGUUGCCUGGGUCGGUAGUUCCAGGAAAAGUAGUGAGUAUCUUAAUUUGCGUCCCUAUGUGGUUCCGGUACUAAGUUCCUGAAUUACAUAUAAAAGAUUAAGGGUCCAUCUCGGACCCGCAAGAUCUUUGAAGAGAAGGAAAUUUACAGUUAUUUAUAAUUUUUUCUUUUUCAGGAAGAAGACAUUCUGAAGUGUAUCGUUGGGCUCGGGGUAUGCGACGGUAUAUUACAAAAGAGAGAGAUGUCUGUGGAUGGUCAACCAUUUCAUCCCGUCCACAAAGAAAAAUUGCAAAGACUGUUGACUAUAGCCACUUUGCCAAUAGGGAUUACCGAGCAAGACGCGGCCAUACGAUGAAGUGUACCCUUCACUUUAUUUCUGUAUAUGUUGCAUCGCAAGAAAAGAGAGACAAACAAAUGUUGAAACUAUGCUACAAGUACAAUCUCAGUGAUUUGUAUUAUUCCAACUCGUCAACUUGUCUCAGAGGCUUCCGUUCACUGUAACAGUAAUUUAACUGAUUUAAAGGUAUCUACUUAUAAUAUAACUUUAGAGCUUUUUGAAAACCUUUAUUUUUACUUAUAACUAUUGAAAAGGAAUCUUUGAAUGCCAUUGUGAUCGUGUCAUUGUGAUUAGGCCUCUAGAGGGCGCCAGAGAGUAACACUAAUGGUUCUGUGCAAGAAAAUCAUCGCGAUCUUUUUCUUAAUUUGUAUAAUUUUCAUAAAUAUUCAUUAAUCAGGGCUUUUCGCAGGAAAUACAU